GGAUAAAUUGCUUUUAUGUGCUAAUAAAUGUUGCAUUUAUGUGCUAUUGUCAAAAGGAUAACGCACCACGUAGUGCGAAAGUGAGGGAAUCGAUGCGGAGAACAGGAUUUCUGUUUUCGAAGAUAAAGAACAACGAAUUUUAUCGAAAUCCAAGGUACAUCCGAUACUUUGAUCUAAGAAAUCCGAGGGAUUUAAAUAAGAAACGUCAAAUUCUAAUUCUGCGAACUGUUUGAAUCGACGGAAUCGUGAAUGAUAAGAUCAGCGGAAAGUUCAGUCUUUCGAUCUGCAGUAAAAUUAGAUUCUGAAGAAUUUAAGAGGAAAUAAUGCGCCAGAGAAGGUUCAUGAAUAUUCUCAUUGAACCCUUGAAAGCCCUCGAAUGACAAAGAUUCGAGCGCGAAAAGAAUAUUAAAUAUUAAACAUUAAAUAUUAAGUAUCCUAAGUAAGAAAGGGAUUCGGAAAUUUUUGCACGCGUAGCACAUCGCAAAAUAUGUUCCUGACGAAAAACGAUUACGCCUGCCAAUGUAUGUUUACGAAGCGACGCGAGCGGACGGAUAAUCCAUAAUGCGUCACGUUGGUGAAAGAUGCGGGAAGAAAGAAGAGAAUUUUUGCUAAAGAACAUUUGCUAAGAUCCGGUCGCGUAUCCAGAGCAGAAAAUUGGUACGCUUUCUUACAUAUUUCAGGAUGAAAGGGCGGUGGCCUUUCCGUAGAGACGAAAUCUUCGACAAGAAUGUAUUACCAUCCGUGCCAGAAUUUCAGGUCGUCUUUAUACGAGCUAGUUGGUACGUGAAACGAGCACUCCGAACAAGCUAAAAAAUACAACAACGUCGCGGUAUAGUAGCUACACGUUUGCUCUGGUUAAAUUAAAAAUUUGAACGAACACUGCCUCGCCAACUACGAGAACCGGGAAUUGUAUUUUCUCCCUUGCCUCUAGCCAUUCUUCGAUAUUCGCUGUUUCGACGCAGACGCGGCAGAAAUAUGCCUAACCAAGGAAUCGAUUCGAAUAAAUUUUAAUUAAUUCCACCGAUGCGAUAUAGAGACGCAGCUGUCGUCUCCUCGCUCGAGACGGAAACCGAUCCCCUGUGUUUCGUUGCCAUUUCGGUACAAGUCGCACAAUCGAAUGCGAUACAUACGUGCAUAUACAUAUGUACAUGUACAGACAGUUAAUUACAGCUGCUGGAAAAGUCCAGGAGAACCGCACAGCUUCUAAAUUUCCUGCCGCCCUAUUUUCUAUUCCUUUGAUAUCGAACAACGGAUAGGAACGUAAAAUAAGAAAAAGCAACGGAUAGAACGAAUAAAGCCUGGAACCUUCAACGUUCAAACUCUAGCAAUAAUCCAGCGUUGGCCCGUAACGCCAUGAAAUAGGAAACGGAAUGUCGUUUGACGUAGAUGGGAUUCGAGAACGACCCGGCUGGGUAGAAAUAUCCUUUACAAAAUGCUCGAGUGAAAGCAAGAAAACAGAAGAGGCAGAGCAACGGGGAUGGAAAGACUGUCAGUUGCUCUCCCAAGGGCGCUUUCAACCCCUAUUUCGAGCAUCGUGAGAGGGACUAACGAGACUACGGUAACAGUGUUCUAUUUCAACGAUUCUGUCUCCUCUUUUUGGCUUUGUGGUUUUGGACGCGAGUACCGUUUACAACUGCGAGAAUCGCCACGAAUGAGACGAUCUGUAAAUAGUAUUUCAAAUAGAAGAGACCUAAUUAAUGAUAUCUACCGUGGGCGCAUCCAUUGGGUAUAACGCGAAAAUCGCGAUGUUACAGAUGGCGCGUUCGCUCGUUAAUGACACGUAAAGCGACACCGUUCAUAUCGAUCGCGAAUCUUAACACGGUCCAUUAAGGAAGCUCUUAGUUACUUUAAACGAACUGCACUGAUAGCGACUAUCUGAAUCGGUCACGAGAACCGGCGCGAUCAAAAUCACGGACACUUGCAGCACCCGAUAAACGAUAUCACUGAAACAGCAGAUACGGAGAGAGAAAAAGAGGCGGAGAGAGACGGUGGAGCAGAAGAAAAGGGAACGAAGGGAGCGGAAGUAGCGCAACGUGGACCGAUGACCGAGUACGAUAUAAUAGAAUCGGCUAGGCUUUUCCACGUGACAAAGAGAGACAACUGAAAAGCGAACCGUUGUGGAACGCCGAGAUAGAUGAAACUAAACGUUCCGACUGUUUCUGUUCGUCCUGUUUUGUCUUUUCCAUCUGUAUCGUUCCUCGUUUCCAUCGACUUCCUUUUUUCGUAUCGGCUGGACACGCGGAAAUGAAUUGGUCGCCUGGUAAUGUCCUACUAAUCGAUCACAUCGUUCGGUCGAUUCGCGAUGAAAAUACGAUAUCGCGUUCGCCUAUCUUUUCAUACAAUCAUCGUGGCGCAUCAGUCAGUGAUAAUAGACGGUGGUUCGCCUCUGAAAAGGUAUGAUCAACUGCAGACGGAAUGAAAAGCGUUCGUUCUUCUCGUCGGGAGAAAACGGGAAAGCUGGAGAAAACAAGGAGAGACAACUAUCUGUCUUCUUUAUAGAAUGCUUGGAACAGCGAUUUACCUCGGUUUCAUAUCUACUUCCUCUAUCGAUAUCGAUUAAUUAACGCAUUUCUGAUCCGCGUCUUUACCGACUCUUAUCGAGAUAGAACUAUCAAAGGCGAAUCAGCCGGCUAAAGUUGACUGGGGUGAAGCGAGUGUAUCAAUGUGGUUAGUCUUUAUGCGCCAAUUAUCUUCGUUGGGAUACAAAAGGCAUCGAAUCUUUCUCAUUUUUUUUUCCUCGAUUUGUCAGAGCGAGAUCUAUUGUAUUUGCAGGUCAAAGUUCGCCAGUGGAAAGAAGAUAGAACCCGAUAGAUUUAUUCGAGCGCAUAUCAACGAUUCAUUGUUCCGAUUCAACGUCCUUUUUAUUCCUCGCUCGAUGGAUUUCUUCGCGCCUAUUCAAAUCUCAUGCCGUAAGCUCUCCGAUCGAGAAUCCGUCCCGUGACGUUAUCUACUUCGGAACUCGUUGGGAACCUCGUACCGUGUCUAGAACGAACCUUGGCUAAAAAAAAUCACUUGGUUUUUCUCUCAGAAUAUUCGGAUUAUUCGAUAAAGGCUUGACUGCCGAUCUUUGUCCUUCGAUUUGACCGUCGUGUUCCUCGCGAAAAUGCCUCGACGAAGGCUUUAAUCUCCCAGACGAUUACAUACGUAGUUUCGAUCAAUCGAAUCAGACAUACCGAGCUGAUGACUAUUAAUGUGCUAAUCGGCGGAGCAUCGAGAGCCUUUUUUCCAGAUAUUAUGAUCUCGUUAACCCAGUUUUCGAAACCGUCGGACCGCGUUCGGUAAAUCAGAAUCGCGCUAACGAGACGAUACAACGUGUCCUAACGGGUACGUAGCUAUUCGUUUCCUUCCUCUUCCACUCAUUCAAGGGCAACACGGUACAUUAUUUUUGAGGCCUGUACUAUAGUAAAAAAUGCCUCUGGCUAUACAUAUAGAAACAUUCUUAAAACGCGAGCUUUUCACGCGCUCGGAACACCGUUCGACGAAUCACGCUCCACUGGUUUCACCGAGUAAUUUAGCUGCAAGCGUCAAGAAUGGUUGGUUUAGCUUUCCAAGGACACGCUGAUAAAGGAAUCUCACAGACUGAUAAUUGCGGUUCCAAAAAUGUGGCGCGACUACGCGCCAGGUCAAAGACGAAUAAAGGAAGAAUACCUAGCGACGAAAGUGAAGUUAUCUAGGCCAAUGGUGGAACAUAUAACAAGAGCAGAAGUUUUCUGACACGUGAUCGAGAGCAAAAUGUCGAUCGAAGUGAGAGCGGGUCGACCAACGAUGCCAACGAUUCCACAAUCCAAGAGACCAACAAUUCUAGUUUAUCCAACAGUAACUCCAGAGAGUAUCAUCAUCCCAAUAGUAUCAUGCAUACUUGGAUUUCCAUUGUUGGCUCUAAUGGUCAUCUGUUGUUUAAGAAGAAGAGCAAAGCUCGCCAGAGAGCGAGCACGAAGAAGGAAUUGUGAUCUAGAUCACGGAGCACUCAGUCUCGUUCGUUUUAGUCCUGUCCACCGUUUAGCAUCGAAAGAGGAUUUAGCUGGAAUUGAUCGUCCAACGAGAACAGUAUCGUUACGAAGCGAUCGAGGAUCUAGAGCUUUUCCAUCACUGGAACUAGACACUGUCGUUGAAGAACGAUCGGAUCCUGAACAGAGCACUGCACUGGAACUCAGUAGUCCAGAUUAGCAUCCAGUUUUGGUACCGCCUAGGUCUCCACGAUCAUCUAAAUCGGUGGUACCAUUAUCCGUGGAUCAUAGCCCUCUAUGGACAGCAUUAACACACGCUAACGCUGUAUCCUCUGCUCUUGGUGAUACCUAGCAGGAAGUGGAAGAGGGCGGCUACAUCGAAGCUCUCGUACUCGACUUACCCAUAAUCUAUUAAGAGAUUUAUAAGAUAUAUAUGUAUUAUGACAAUUUAGUAUAUGAGAUCGUGAACAAUAAUGAAACUGACCGUAAGGAGAUCUUCGAUACAAAACAAUUCAAAGUCUGAGGACAUUAUAUGGAAUGUGGAUCUUUACAAGCAAGUUUUGCACUCGUAUAUAAAAUUAAUGACUAAAUUUUAUACUGUCAAAUUGUACAAGAUUCUAUGAACAUGCCGCUUUUUAUAUCAUGAAAAACUUAUAACGAGGCAACAAACCCUACAUCAUUAGUGUAAAUAAAAAAUUGUUAAUACCAUGUACAAACAAAUAUCACAAUAUGUAAAUAAAUGAUUAUAAAACACUGUCUAUACAA